CGAAAAUUGCCAUAACCUGUCCAACGGGCUUUCAAAAACGUAGAGAGGAUUAUUCACCGCGAAUAUUUACAAUGGUUAUUCCCACGCGAAUUUGAGCGAAAGUUUGCAUAAUUUGCAAGUAUUAUUGAAUGGGCUGAUUGCUCGUUCGAUGCUGAAAUUGCGGCUGACACUCAGAGCAAUCCGGAACGAUGAGUGAAUUUAAAUUGCACCAUUUGAUAGUGCAGUUGAUUGAAUUGUUGGGCUCGGAGUCCGCCCCGGAGAGGCACUUGGAGAAGCUGCAGAAGGAGAGCUCGGCGGCGAACGCGCUGAACGCCGUUGCCCCGCACAGCUGCAUCCAGCAUCUCGCCAAGAUCUCGUCCCAGCCAGAAUUGUUUGUGCAGAAGUACGAGGAGCUGAAGUCGAAAAAAGUAGAUCUGCUGGGUCCGUUCGUGCAGACUCUGGAGUUGAUAUCUCAAGACGAACAGCUGAAGAGAUACUUGUCGAGGUCCGUGCCGAGGACAGUGGCCAGUUCCCUGAAGGAUCCGACCGUCACGCAGGAAGACUUGCCGAAGAUUUGCAAAACUGUAAUUAAAGCUGCUGUGGAAGGGGGGAAGAAAUUAAAUCAGCAAGUCUGUAGGAAAAGUGACGGCGCCUUGGUGAAGCACAAUUGGGUGGUGGAACGUCCACGUAUAACUUGGGACUUUCACAGCGACGCCGCCGUGACGCAUUAUCAAAAGGUCGUGCCGAUUGUAUCUCAGGAGUCCAUACUUCUUUGGGACAUUUUGUAUUGCUUGAAAGGAAUAGACGGAUCGUACAUCGUCUCGGAACCAUUGACCAGCCCUUACGCUGUUAAAACUUUCACUAUAUCGCCGGAUGUCGGUGUAUCAUUUAAACAAUUGGCGCAACAGAUAUUACCAUUAGCCGCCUACUAUUCCAUGACGGUGAGAUUUGUCGAGGAAAAAGUCUUGCCGGACGACGGACAGGUCAAUCAUGCUCUAAGAGGAGCUAUACGAUCCCUGCUGAAAGAUUACUUGCUCUUCGUCGUGCAACUCGAGACAGAACACAUUCACGGUAAACUAAGUUUGCAGAAGCUAUGGUUUUACAUUCAGCCUACUAUGCUUACGAUGUCCAUACUCUCUCAGAUUACAUCUACGAUAUGUAAGGCAAAUGCUAGAGGGGGCAAAGUACUGAGUCUUCUGCAUGAGCAGACACUGAACAACGUUAGCGGCGAGGCAAAGUCUAAAGAGCUGUGCUUGUAUCUCAUUCAAGCGGCGAGCAUGCCAUAUAUGCAAAUUUUAGAAAAAUGGGUUUACAAAGGAGUGAUAUGCGAUCCAUAUCAGGAAUUCUUUGUAGAGGAUAACGAAUUGAUUCAAAGGGAAGAACUUCCAGUAGAUUAUUCUGCAGAUUAUUGGGAAAAGAGGUACACCAUGCGACUGGAAAGGAUACCUGUAUUUUUGAAUGAACACGCACAAACUAUACUUAGAACAGGAAAAUACUUUAAUGUGAUUAGACAGUGUGGAAAAACAGUACAGUGGGGAAAACAAGAGCCAUUGAGUUAUCAGUAUCAAGGGCAGAAAUACAUAGCUGCUAUCGAUAGGGCAUAUUCAGAAGCUGCCAGAAAAUUAUUAGAAGUACUCAUGAAGGAAAAUGAUCUGAUGGGUAGACUACGUAGCGUGAAGAGUUAUUUUCUUCUUGCGCAAGGAGAUUUUGUGGUCCAAUUUAUGAAUCUCUGUGAAACCGAGCUGAACAAGAGUAUGUACGAUGUCGUUCUGCAUCGCUUGGCAUCUCUUCUCGAAGUUGCCUUGCGCAUGUCCACUGCAGACUCAGAUCCCUAUAAAGAUGAUUUGAAGCCGGAGUUACUUCCAUACGAUCUACAAUAUCAAAUGUUUAGAAUACUCUCCAUUCAAACUAGAGAUGAGAAAGAAUAUUGCUUCCAAGCAGGUAAAGUUUUGACUGGUUUGGAAGCUUUUGUCUUCAAUUACGAUGUUAAAUGGCCAGUUUCUCUGAUCAUUAAUAGAAAGGCCAUUGCUUGUUAUCAAAUGUUGUUUAGGCAUUUGUUUUAUUGCAAAUAUGUUGAGAGGCUCUUGUGCAGGGUAUGGAUCAGCAAUAAAAUAGCGAAGACUUUCACGCACGAAGUGGCUAUGGCUUACAGACAGGCGUUUUCAUUACGGCAGAGAAUGCUUGAUUGUAUACAGCAUUUGGAGUACUAUAUGAUGGUAGAAGUCGUGGAACCGAAUUGGUUAAAAUUCAUAAAUAAGAUGAGCAAGGUUAGUAAUGUUGAUGACGUGCUGAGCGUGCAUCAAGAUUUGCAAGACAGUUAUCUGAAGGAAUGUAUGUUAACGGAUCCUGAUCUUCUUGGUUGCAUCACCGGUAUAUGCGCCAUAUGCAUAGAAUUCUGCAACUUUAUGCAGCGUAUGAGCCGCUACUACAUUGAUGCUGAAUUGACAUCCAUGAUCGGUACCUGUCAGGAGGAUGUCUAUGAAUAUGAGAUGGAGAACAGUUCUACAGCAAAAGAUGGAACGGGAAGUUUUGAGGAAACAAUUGUAUCACUGGACGAGAGAUUUAUUAAAGUAUUGACACAGCUUCUAGACCGAAUUUGUGAUUUGGGUUGUGAUAAUAACAAUGAGAAGUUACUUAACGUAUUAUGUCGACUUGACUUCAACAUGUUUUACACCGACAUACUAAUACGUCGUGGGAGAGAGAAGAUCGUCACGCAACAAGAUAUAUCUGGCUAGUAAUACAUUAUUUCUAAUUUAUGCGUGCACGAACAUGCAGAGACAUGUAUACAGUGUACACAUGCACGCAUAAAAGACGGAGAUGAUAUAAAUUCGAACAAAAUUAACUACAAUCUAUCUUAUGUCCGUGUAAAUUAGAAAAAAUCUCAUUAUAAAUAGAUCUGAAAAAGUUACAUUAUAAAUAGACCUUAUUAAUCGUUAAAGAUUUACUUAAAGUUUACGCAAAAUUAUUUAAACAAAUUAUAAAACUAUAAUUAAUUCGCACAUACUAUAGAGUAUAGAUAUCGUUCAACGAUACAUCCAGAUAUUUGUAUAUCGUGUAAUAUUUAGAUAAAUUUACUACAAUUAGGAUUGUAUUGAAUUUACUAAUAGAUUUACACGCAGCUCUCCAAGUUAAAUCGCUUACAAUAAAUUCUAACACA